AUGAGUAGCUCCGAUGCUGAGGUGAACUUUGAGUUCAUAGAAACUCCUCCUGCCAAACCUCCUCUACCUCCAUCAUCGGAAUGCGGUGUAAAAACCACAGCUUAUCCGACAAUUCCCAAUGCUCCUCUUCCAGCAGACGGUCCCGGGAGUGAUACCUUCUCCAACAAGAUCCUCUUUGGUGCCCUCUUCAUAGUUCCCUUCUAUCUCCGUUACAAAGUUGGUGGAGGAUGGAAGACAUUCAUCUUCUUCGCCUUGAUCACCUCUCUGCCCAUCCUUGUUGCCUACUGGACCGUCGCUUCCCGCUUCUCCCCAAGAAAGACCGAGAAGGUCAAGCUUCCCGGAAAGCCCAUUGAACACUACCUUGAGUUCCACAAGAAAGAGGAUGCCGCCGUGUACAAGGGAAAGGCCAAGAUUGCUAUGGAGACCUUCCACGAGAAGUACUUUGAGGGUGAUGUCUCGUUCAAGGGUGACUGCUUGGAAAUUAUGGAAUCCCGCCACGACUGGGCCAGCUUUGAGUUCACUAUAUCUCUUUUCAAGUACUUCUUGCUUGGCAUGAUCCCGGAAAUGCUUGUACACAGCAGGUCUCAGGAUGAGGAACAGGUCCGUGAUCACUACGACCGCGGUGAUGACUUCUAUGGUUGGUUCUUGGGCCCACGCAUGAUCUACACCUCCGGAAUUAUCUCAGAUCCUAGCAAGGAAGAGACUCUUGAACAGCUCCAGGACAACAAGCUUAAGAUCGUAUGUGAGAAGAUCAACCUUCAGAAGGGUGAGCGUAUGCUCGAUCUCGGAUGUGGAUGGGGAACUCUCUCUCGCUUUGCUUCCAAGAACUACGGAGCCCAUGUCACCGGUAUCACUCUUGGACGUAACCAGACUGCUUGGGGUAACAACGGACUUCGUCGUGAUGGUAUUGAGGAAUCUCAGUCUCGCAUUGUCUGUACCGAUUACCGUGAUUCCCCUGUCCCCCCCGGAAAGUACAACAAGAUCACCUGCUUGGAGAUGGCCGAGCACGUCGGUGUUAGACACUUCGGAACUUUCUUGACCCAGGUUUACAACAUGCUUGAUGACGAUGGUAUUUUCUUCUUGCAGAUUGCUGGAUUGAGGAAGAGCUGGCAAUAUGAGGAUCUUAUCUGGGGUCUUUUCAUGAACAAAUAUGUCUUCCCCGGUGCCGAUGCCUCUACCCCUCUUGGUUGGUUCGUCGAUAAGCUUGAAGGAGCUGGUUUUGAGGUUAAGAGCGUCGAUACCAUUGGAGUCCACUACAGCGCUACUCUCUGGAGGUGGUACAGAAACUGGAUGGCAAACCGUGAGAAGGUUGAGGCCAAAUACGGCGCCAGAUGGUUCAGGAUUUGGGAAUUCUUCUUGGCCUACUCCACCAUUGUCUCCCGCCAAGGUUCAGCUACCUGCUAUCAGAUUGUUCUCCACAAGAACAUCAACUCGUUCCACCGUGUUGAGGGUAUCGCCACCCACCAUGGAUUGGAAGGCGCCCUUAACGUCAAGAGGGAGUACUAA